AUCAGAAAUAAGAACUGAUAAAAUCACUGCAAAUUCUCGUCAUAAACAUACUUCUUCAAAGUUCAAACAUCAGUAGCUUCAACAACCACCAUAAUCAAGAACUUCAUCUCUCUUAAAAAUGGAGGAAACUUCAACAACCACCAUAACCAAGAACUCUGCAACAAAGACUCAAAACAAAGCCGUUUUUUCCUUCCUCUGCUUCAUCAUUUUCAUGGUUUCUCUUUUCACCAUUUUCUUACUUACACAACCCAAUUCCAACAUCCAAGAAACCUCCCAAAACACCAUUAAACAACUUCCUUCACUUCAAACUCUAAACCCAAUAAUCAAAACUGCUUGUUCUUCCACUCUCUACCCAUCACUUUGCCUCUCAACUCUCUCUCCAUCCCCCAUUUCCACUUCCACUCACACCACCACCCUCGCCCGCCUUGUCGAGGCCUCGAUCAACCACACAAUCAGUCUUGUUUCGAGUUCUCAACCCGAAAUCAUUAACUUUUUUGCUCAUCAUGUGCUCAAUUUGCAAGAAAAGUCUGCUUUCAAUGACUGUCUUGACAUGCUUGAUCAAACCCUCUAUGAAUUAGCAUUGGCAUUGAAUGAUCUUCGUAGUUCUUUCGGAAUUUUUCGUCCGUUUUAUGGAAAUUUAAAGACCCUUUUGAGUGCUGCCAUGACUAAUGAGAAUACUUGCAUUGAUGGGUUUUAUGAUUUGGAGGAAAUGCAUUCAAUAUUCCAUAAAAAAAAGGGUCUAAGAAUCUAUCUUGAGAUUAAACUGAAACCCAUUAUUCAUAUGAUUAGUAAUUCUCUGGCAAUUAUCAAACAUAUGGAGGAGAUGAUAAAACAAGAACAAGAAGAUGAGUUGUUCUUGCAUAAUCAACAGUUAUCUUCCCUUGAAAGAUCGAAAAGCGGGUUUCGCUUUCCGACAUGGAUGAGUAAGAAGGAGAGAAGGAUGAUGGGGAGCAAGAAUUAUAGAUUGAAGCCAAAUGUAGUGGUUGCUAGUGAUGGGAGUGGAAAUUACAGAAAAAUUGGUGAAGCAAUAAAAAUGGCGCCAAAUAUGAGUUUAAGUAGGUAUGUGAUUAAAAUAAAGGCGGGAAUUUAUAAAGAGAAUGUGGAAAUUCCAAGAAAUAAGAUGAAUAUAAUGUUGAUUGGAGAUGGAAUUAAUUCCAGUUUGAUUAGUGGAAACAGAAGUAUUGUUGAUGGGUUUUCUACCUUUGCUUCAGCAACAUUGACUGUAAUUGGAGACAGGUUUCUAGCCAGAGACCUGACAGUAGAGAACACAGCAAGUCCAGAGAUGUACCAGGCAGUAGCAAUCAGAGUAACCUCAAACUCUGCUUUUUUCCGCUGUAACUUCACCUCCAACCAAGACACUCUCUAUGCUCAUUCCCUUCGCCAAUUUUACCGGGAAUGUAUUAUACAAGGCACCAUCGAUUUUAUCUUCGGAAAUGCAGCAGCCGUUUUUCACAACUGCCAUAUUUUAGCCCGAAAACCUAUUCUUGGGCAGAGCAACAUGAUCACUGCUCAAAGCAGAGAGGACCCUAAUCAGAACACAGGCUUCUCUCUACACAACUGCACAAUCAAGGCUGCCCCAAACUUCUCUCUUCUUGACCGCAGACGAUCUUUCACCUUUCUGGGUCGCCCGUGGCGGAACUACUCGAGGACGGUCAUAAUGAAGAGUUACCUUGGAGACCUAAUACAUCCAUUGGGAUGGUCUCAAUGGGAUAAAUACAGCAAUUUGGAUACUGUAGAUUACAUCGAGUACAGGAAUUUCGGACCUGGAGCAGAUACCAGAUAUAGGGUUAAAUGGAGAGGGUAUAAGAAGAAUUGUACUGAAGAUCUAGCAAAGAGAUUUACCGUUGGAGCUUUCCUGCAUGGAUCUGAUGACUGGUUGCAGAGCACCUGGUUCCCUCUGUUCCAUGAUCUGUGAAGAAUUAUCUGCAGAUAGUUCUAGGACACUUUCUGUACAUGCCAUUCUUUUACCAUAAUACGAUGACCAAGUCCGUCAUAAAGUCAUCCGUCAUACUAAUAGUACUAUGCAACAGCUUUUUGUCGGGAGAACCUCCCUUACAGAAAUACAAAAAGCAUGUUAUUUCUUCCUUGUAUCACUCAUGAUAAAACAGCAAGAAAUGGGAGAAAUUAUUGCUGAUAUUUUCAUAUAUACAAAUUUGAUGUUUCAGCUCGAAACCUACAUGCAGCACCUUACGCAAAAAUGUUGACAAAAUUUUCUAUAAACAUUUAUAUUGUUACAAGUUUAUUGUGUAUAAGUAUAUCUGUCACGAUUAUUUACAUUUGAUUGAAGCAGAAUCUUUUCUGCGUUUGUAUAGUCAAAAAAUACAAAUCCUAUUCACCUCCACUCCCAUGGUUCACCUUGCAGAAGGUAAUAACAUUGUCCUUUAUAUAUGCAAUUACCCUAGCAAUCACCAUAUGUUCAAGUAUAUCAAAUGAACCGUAUAAGGAUCAUAUAACUGAUAUCUCUCUUCUUCACAUUCAUAGGCUCUCAUAGAAAAGCUUCAUGCCCGGAUAGUACGAGGAAUUCUUUCCAUUAGUCCAGGUUGCCUCGGAUAUAGAACCACUGCUAAUAAUAAAGCAACGAGAAGCCCUACUACUCCACUAAAUGGCUGGAAGGGGUGCGUACCAACAACCCACCAUGGAAACUUUGGCAGGUAAACCAAAAAACUCCCUGAUUGUAAUAUAUAACUGGAAGCCAUGAGCCCAGUGCGCAGUCCAA